UGGGGCUUGCUGGUCCUGUUUAGGACAUUGUAAAAUGGCUCAUAAAUUCCAGGAGCAUCUCACCUCCUACUGCCUUCAUAGACUCACAGACUUGGAAGUGUUGGGAGGAAGAAAAGGCUGGAAAUGAACCCUUUCACCGACAAAGAAGCCUACAAUCCAGCAUAGCAACUUGAUUUAACUGUAUUGAGUAGCCAUAAAAUCCUCAAGCCAGGCUCAGCUGGUUGCACUUGUGUCACAACACAUUCUCUGCAGACUACAAGUGUAUUUGAUGUUUUUGAGGCUGCAGAGUCAUUUUUUCCGACUUCAGUCACCGAAGGAGUCGCAGCACUCCACAGACUGCUUCUUCGCUGGGGUUUCUUUGCAAGUCAAUUUGGAGAUGCUGCAAGGGGCUGUGCUUUGCUUGUCCUGCUCCCUCCUGCUGGGUGUCUGUUUCCCAGCAGAGGGUGCAGGGGCAGCUGGGCCUCUUCCUACUUUCUCCCCUGAAGAGUCCUCUGGGGAACCAGAUCUUGACGAUUUGGAGUGGGGCUCUGGAUCAUCUCAUUUGCACCUGCUCCACAGCUUCCUUGCUGAUAGCCCCUUCAUAACAGAGACCCCAGGAAAACCAGUAAACUGCAGCCAGCGCUUCUUAUUACCACCGUCCUCUGAAAUCUGCUGGGAGAACAUAGCCGGGCCAAAGGAGUUUGCCAAGUCCCGUUUGCUUGUUCUGCAGAACAGGGCUGCCCUGCAGGCUGUGUCCACCACCAGCGGGAUGGAGGAGGGAGGGAUUUCCUACGAAAACCAAGCCAGAGAGGAGGUCCAGGGGAUCCACUCGGACCACCUGAGUGCGGUAGAAACUAUGCAGACCAUGGAUAAGGUGUUUGUAUCCCUGCAGGAGAUGAGGAAGGAGGGGAAGGAGCAGGGGGUCCUCUCAAGCAUGAAGGAGCAUCUUUCCAACACAAGGGACGCCAUAAAUGGAAGAGAACACAUGGCAAACAUCCUGGAGAAUCACUUCUCUACAUUAGAGAGUACUCUGGUUAACAUGCAGCUUCGAAUCAACAAACUCAUCGAACACUGACAAGGAUUGGUUACGUCUUUUUCCUACCUUAUUUUAGCUCUAUUUAUGUGUUCAUGUAUUGUAUAACAAUGUAGCAAACGCAUGCAUGCCCAGGAAAUUUUAGGAGGACAAAAUAUGCACAUUUAUACACCUUAAGGUAAAAUCUGUAUAAAGGAGACUGAAUCUCACAUCAUCAGAUUUGAGAAACAUGUAGCUGUUGAAUCAUGGCUUGUAUUCCAGUUUGCAGACAUAACGAGGAGAUUUCAAGGUCUUGCAAACAGUAUGUAGUAAAAUCGUUAGUCUUUCGCACCUGUUUAAAUCAUCAGUCAACAUUAAUAAAUGCAUUUUCAUACUC